AUGUCUAGCUUAUUGUCUGAUAUCUGUCAGUUUUGUCACUCCAAAGAAGGGUGGGGACCAAUUUCAAAAUAUGGUGAUUUUACACAGUGCUUUAUCGAUGGUGUACUGUUAAACUUAGCAUCAUUAUUUAUGAUUAUUUUUGGUACUGUGGAAUUGGUUAAAUUGAUUAGGAAAAAACACCCUGGUAUUAAAUAUAGACAGGAUUGGUUGAUUUUCUGUAGAAUCACGCUGGUUUUACUUCAAAUAGUGCUAACGGGUAUUGCUUCUUUAAGUUUACCACAUCACAAGACUAAAGAUAUGACCAUAAUUACACAAUACUCAUUGAGUUUGAUGUCAUUAUUUGUUGUUUUAGCAUUACACUGGAUUGAAUUCCAUAGAUCAAAAAUUGCUAAUGGUGUUGUCUUAUUCUAUUGGUUAUUCGAAGUUAUCGGUAAUGGUGUAAAAGUUGUUAAUUUUUGGAUUAGAUAUGAAUAUGAGAAUAAAUUUUACUUCGGUGAAAGGUUAUUCAUUUUAGUUAUUUUUCAAACUAUUGUAGCAUUAUCAAUUUUGCUAUUAGAAGCUAUUCCACAAAAAAAAUUGAAGUCUUACCAAGCCAUUCAAGAAAAUUUGAACAAAAGAAAAGAAAAUCCGUAUGAUUCUGCUAAUAUAUUUUCGAGAAUUUCAUUCUCUUGGAUGACCAGCUUAAUGAAGACAGGUUAUGAAGUUUAUUUAACUGAAUCUGAUUUAUAUAAACUACCUAGUGAAUUUAACAGUGAAGUUUUAUCAACACGUUUCAAUGGAGCUUGGCAAGAUGAAGUUAAGCAUAAAGCUAAACCUUCUAUCGUAGGUGCCUUGGCUAAGACUUUUGGCCCAAAAUUACUCUUGGCUGCUUCCCUGAAAUUUGUCCAUGAUAUUUUGGCUUUUGUACAACCUCAAUUAUUAAGAAUUUUGAUUCAGUUCGUAAACGCAUAUUCCGAUAGUGAAAAUGAAGGCAGCUAUUCUUUACCAAUUAUAAAAGGUUUUAUGAUAGCAAUCGCAAUGUUCUCCGUUAGUCUUAUUCAAACCUCAUUUUUACAUCAGUAUUUCCUAAACUCUUUUAAUUCAGGUAUGAAUAUUAGAAGUGCUUUAACUUCUGUCAUAUAUCAAAAAGCUUUACUAUUAUCAAAUGAAGCUACAGAAGUCUCAACUACUGGUGAUAUUGUUAAUUUAAUGAGUGUAGAUGUACAAAGAUUACAGGAUUUAUCACAAUGGAUCAAUAUAUUGUGGUCAGGCCCAUUCCAAUUAACUCUAUGUUUGAUAUCCUUGUACAAUUUAUUAGGUCAUUCUAUGUGGAUUGGUGUUUUUAUUUUAGGUAUUAUGAUCCCAAUUAAUUCCUAUAUUAUGCGUAUUCAAAAGAAAUUACAAAAAGACCAAAUGAAAUAUAAAGAUGAGAGAACUGGAUUAGUUAAUGAGAUUUUGAAUAACAUUAAGUCAUUAAAAUUGUACGCUUGGGAAAAGCCAUUCCAAGAGAAAUUAGAAUUUGUGAGAAAUGAAAAGGAAUUGAAGAAUUUAAAAAAGAUCGGUGUUUUUAAUGCUAUGAUUGCGUUCCAAUUCAAUAUUGUUCCAUUUUUAGUUUCAUGCUGCACAUUUGCUAUAUUCGUUUGGGUAGAAGAUAAACCUUUGACAACAGAUCUGGUGUUCCCAGCCUUGACUUUAUUCAAUUUAUUGAAUUUCCCAUUAGUUGCUGUCCCUAUUACCAUUAGUGCUUUCAUCGAAGCUUCUGUUUCUAUCUCCAGAUUAUAUUCCUAUUUAACAAAUGAAGAAUUACAAAAGGACGCUAUUCAACGUUUACCAUUUGUUAAACAAAAUGGUGAAACAACUGUCAAAAUAGGUGAUAAUGCAACUUUCUUGUGGAAAAGAAAGCCUGAAUAUAAAGUUGCUUUAAAGAAUAUUAAUUUCGAAGCCAGGAAAGGUGAAUUGGCUUGUAUUGUGGGUAAAGUUGGUAGCGGUAAAAGUGCUUUUAUUCAAUCGAUACUUGGUGAUUUAUUUAGAGUUAAAGGCUUUGCAUCAAUACAUGGUAAUGUAGCGUAUGUAAGCCAGCUUGCUUGGAUAAUGAACGGUACUGUCAAAGAUAACAUUAUUUUUGGCCACAGAUAUGAUCCCGAAUUCUACGAAAAAACUAUCAAGGCUUGUGCUUUAACAAUCGAUUUAUCAAUUUUACCUGAUGGUGAUCAAACUCUGGUUGGUGAAAAGGGUAUCUCGUUAUCUGGUGGUCAAAAAGCUCGUUUAUCAUUAGCAAGAGCUGUUUAUGCAAGAGCUGAUAUUUAUUUACUUGAUGAUCCUUUAGCUGCUGUUGAUGAACAUGUCUCCAAACAUUUGAUUCAAAAUGUAUUAGGUGCCAAAGGUUUAUUGAAAAGCAAAACUAGAAUUUUAACAACAAAUAAAAUUCCAGUUUUAUCGAUUGCCGAUAGCAUUACUUUAUUAGAAAAUGGUGAAAUCACUGAACAAGGUACAUAUUUUGAUGUAAUGGCAACAGAAGGUUCUUCAUUAAGUAAAUUGAUUACUGAAUAUGGUAAGAAAAAAGAUUCUUCAGAGUCAGAAGCUGCUAAAGAUAAUGUUAAUUCUGAAUCUGAUGAAUCCUCCGUUAAUCGUGAAUUGACUGUCCCUAUUGAAGAUGAAUUAAGAGAAUUAGAUAAACUAAAUGACUUAAAAUUUAUUGAUGAAGGUAAAAGCUUAAGAAGAGCUAGUUUUGAUACUCUUGGUUCAAUGGAUUUUAAUGACGAUGAAAAUAGUGACAGAAGAGAGUUCAGAGAACAAGGUAAGGUGAAGUGGUCUGUAUAUAUUGACUAUGCUAGAUCGUGUAAUCCAAGAAAUGUUCUAAUAUUCAUUUCUUUCAUUAUCAUUGCAAUGUUCUUCUCAGUUAUGGGCAAUGUUUGGUUAAAACAUUGGUCCGAAGUUAACACAGUAAAUAAUGACAACUCACACGCUGCUUAUUAUCUAUUUAUUUAUUUUACUUUAGGUUUUGCAUCUUCAUUGGCCAAUUUGAUCCAAACAAUAAUCUUAUGGAUCUUUUGUACUAUCCAGGGUUCUAAACAGUUACAUUCUUCUAUGACGUCUUCAAUUUUUAGAGCACCAAUGUCAUUUUUUGAAACUACACCAAUUGGUAGAAUCUUAAACAGAUUUUCUAAUGAUGUCUACAAAAUUGAUGAAAUUUUAGGUAGAUCGUUCUCUCAAUUUUUCCAAAAUACGAUAAGAGUUUCUUUUACCAUUGUAGUGAUUUGUUCUACGACAUGGCAAUUUAUCUUCUUAAUUAUCCCAAUGGCGUUCCUAUACAUAUACUAUCAACAGUACUUCUUAAGAACUUCUAGAGAAUUACGUCGUUUAGAUUCUACCACCAGAUCUCCAUUAUAUGCACAUUUCCAAGAGACUUUAUGCGGUGUUUCCACAAUUAGAGGCUUUGCUCAACAAGACAGAUUUAUUCAUAUUAAUCAAUCUAGAGUUGAUAGUAACAUGAUGGCAUAUUACCCUUCAAUUAACUCCAACCGUUGGUUAGCUUUCAGAUUAGAAUUUUUAGGUUCAUUAAUCAUUCUUGGUGCUGCUACACUAUCUAUUUUCAGACUGAAGAACGGUUCAUUGACAGCUGGUAUGAUUGGUCUAUCAAUGAGUUAUGCUCUACAGGUCACACAAUCAUUGAACUGGAUCGUUAGAAUGACCGUUGAUGUUGAAAGUAAUAUUGUUUCCGUAGAAAGAAUUGAAGAAUACUCUCACUUACCAAGCGAAGCUCCGUUAAUCAUAGAGAAUAACAGACCUUCUGAGGAGUGGCCAUCAAAAGGUGCAAUCGAAUUUAAGAAUUACAGUACUCGUUACAGACCAGAGUUAGAUUUAGUUUUGAAAAAUAUCAACCUUAAGAUUUUACCAAAAGAAAAAGUUGGUAUCGUUGGCAGAACUGGUGCUGGUAAAUCAUCAUUGACUUUAGCAUUAUUCAGAAUUAUUGAAGCUUCUUCAGGUAGUAUUGAAAUCGAUGGUGUCAAUAUCAACGAACUAGGUUUGUAUGAUUUAAGACAUAAACUAUCUAUUAUUCCUCAAGAUUCUCAAGUUUUCGAAGGCAGCAUCCGUGAAAAUAUAGAUCCUACCCAACAAUUCUCUGAACAAGAGAUUUGGAAUGCCUUAGAAAUGGCUCACUUGAAACCACAUAUUUUGAAGAUGAACGAAAUCUCUCCAGAAUCAGAGAACAGUGAUACCAAUCAAUCUAGCAAUCCUUUAGAUGCAAAAAUCACCGAAGGUGGUAGCAAUUUGAGUGUAGGUCAAAGGCAAUUAAUAUGUUUGGCUAGAGCCUUACUAGUUCCUUCAAACGUAUUAAUCUUAGAUGAAGCAACCGCUGCAGUGGAUGUCGAAACUGAUGAAUUAAUUCAACACACAAUUAGAACAGCUUUCAAAGAUAGAACUAUUUUAACAAUUGCUCAUAGGAUAAAUACUAUUAUGGAUAGUGACAAGAUUAUUGUCUUAGAUAAUGGUGAAGUUGCAGAAUUUGAUAAGCCUGAAAUUUUAUUGACCAACAAGAAUUCAUUGUUCUACUCAUUAUGCUACGAGUCUGGUGUACUAAAACCCAAUUGA